AUGGCGAGCUGUGAGCUGAUGAAGGUGAUUUCAGUUGGCGGAAACCCAGUGUCGGCAUUCCUGUCUUGGCGACUACAAGCGACCAAUGCUUGCGACGUGACGCUCGUGUGGAAGUCCGGGUUUGAACAUGUCUCCCAGUAUGGCAUAUCGUUCAAGUCUCCGGUCUUUGGCAACGAAAGGUUUAAGCCCCGUCAUGUCGUUAAAUCCCCAGAAGAGGCCGCCACGCGCAAGGACGGAGCAUUCGACUACGUUAUCCUCUGCAUAAAGGCGCUUCCCGACGUCUACGAUCUCGCCGCCAUCAUUGACUCGGUGGUGACCCCUCAGCACACGUGCAUUCUCAUCAACACGACACACACAUUAGGCGUAGAAGCCGCGAUAGAAGAGCGAUUCCCGACCAAUGUGGUCCUCUCGCUUGUGUCAGGUGCCGAACUGACGCAGUUGGGAGCCAGUGAAUUCGAACAUAAAGGCUCAACAGAGGUGUGGGUUGGCCCCGCUAAUUCUAAUAGCAAUAUUCCGGCGACGAUCCAGGAAGACAUGGCGCAAGCUCUGGCUAUGACCUUGAGCUCUGGUCAAGUUGACUGCAAGGUAUCCUCGAACAUUCGUCAACAGCAGUACGAGAGGGUUAUUGGCCCCAUCGCCUUCCAUCCCGCAAGUGUAAUCUUCGAAACGCCUAAUCACGCCGCGUUGCUGGAAAAGGUCGGAGUCCGACAGAUGAUUUCAGACGUAAUAGACGAGCUUCUGGCGCUGGCAUCAGCACAAGGAUGCAGAAUGCCGGAAGACUUCAAGCAGAAGACUAUAACGGAGAUGACACAAGCACAAGGACCCGAGAGCAUCAUGUGGCAGGAUUUUACCGCGAGGCGCCCCAUGGAAGUGGAAACAUAUCUUGGUUCGCCUAUUCGACUUGCUGCUGAGACCGGCGUUUCAGUGCCUCGAAUCGAGACACUAUAUGCCAUCCUGCACAACAUCAACGUUGCGAACCAGAACAGGCCUAAAUUCGAACCUGCUCCCAGAUCUAUGGCCGGUUCGCCUGGACCCUCACCCUCCCCAGUUCCGCGCGGCAUGGUGGGUCAAAACGGUCCACCUCGACCUAUGCCAAACGGUAUGCCCAACGGCCGUGGGCCUAGACCAAGGGGAUCGUCUGGUAUGGGACCCCCUGGAAUGGGACCGCCUCCUGGCAUGCGCCGGCCACCGCCACCAAUGAACGGAGGCCCUCCAAAUGGGUAUGGACGACCGCCGAUGAACGGCGGACCUAAUGGAUAUCCAGGGUCACGAACAGCAUCGAGGCGAGGAUCGAUGGAGGGGGCUGACUUGGAGGAGUUCAGCCACUUGGUUGUGUACGAUGAUAUUCCUGAAUCUGGAGAAGCAAACUAUACACCAGAUACCCACGAGCUUGCCAUACGGGAGCGCGAGCUACAGCUGCGACAGCGCGAGCUAGCCCUUCGGGAACAGGAGUUGAGGAUGAGGCGAGGCCCUGGCCCCGGGCCUGGUCCAAGGCGCGGCCCUCCUACUCCGUCGGUACGUAAUGGUGGGAUGUACGAUGACGAGGAUGAGGACGACGACUACUUUGAUCCUGCCGGGGCCCCAGUCCCGCGCAUCGACCCCGACAAUUUCGACAUGAUGAGCGUGACUUCCAAGAAGAACCGGAGAGCAGCGCCGCCGAACCCCGCCCAGUUCCGCAAGAAUCCCGAGUUUGACCAGGCGCCGCCCUCGAGGACUAGUCGGUUCCGGCCGAGUUUUGGGAGGAAUAGGUCUAGCCAGAUUGGACAGCCGACCAUCAUGACAGAAAACUUCCUGGACGAUCCUUUAAUGAGCUGUUCAUCCAACCGAUACGGAGCCGUGGACCGCAGCACUAUGAAUGCCGAAUCACGAGCCAACUCCCUCACUGCCUCGCGCAUUGAGGAUAUGCAAUUUGGCCCUGGAGGAGGGCCACCUCCCAUGGGGAUGAAUGGGGCAUUCAGAAGGUCGAGCCAGUCACCUGGUAACCCAUAUAGCCCUUCGAUGCGCGGUGGCAACGGCAGGCCAUCGCCUCCCAAUGGUUAUGCUGGUCCACCGGGGAUGAUGAAUGGAGGACGACCCUCGCCCCCCGAUGGCAUGCGACAGCCAGUGCCACGGUACCCUCCUGGACACGGAAACGCUGUUGCGCCGCAACAGGUUGAGCAACACGCCGGGGUGAGCCAGCUCCAGAUACCCAAACGCCAGAAUGUUCGAAGUCUGACUGGAAGUGCGAGUGCCAGCGCGGGCAGUGGUGAUUCUACCAACCUCGACUCGGAACCGUCUGCCCAUAGCAGCCAGAGCAGUCUCGGUCCUCGACCUCCCAUCGGUGUCCGUUGA